AAAAAAGUCCAGAAAAGUGCUUCGAAAUCAAAUUGAGUUUUAUUGGCAGAAACCAUCCGUCUAUCGCUUUGCAAAUUAUCACGGUUCACUUCUCGCGCUAUCAGUGCUUUGCACCGAAAAAUGUGAUCGAUGAAUGUGGAUCGCCGUCCGCAGCAAAAGUAAACCAUCAUCAGAUUUUGGUAUCAAAAGUAAACGCAUCGUCCAGGAGCAAAAAAAAAAAGGAUCACGCGUAAUCUCGCAGCAGAAUAGCUAAAAGAAGGUGCGGCCGGCGGUGGGCGACGGCAAUGAUAACAACAAAGUACUUUUUCCUCCUAAUACUGAUCGCUGCCGGGUUGGUGUUCAUCGUGCUUUUCCACUGGUUUGCGUCCACCUAUGCCCCCGAGGAGAAGAUGGUCGUGCAGUACGAUUCAGGUAAUCCGGAUCGAUUGCUAUCGAACAGUGUACGUCACUGGCAGACGAUGAUCAACCAGGAAGAUCCUUCCCUCAAGACAAUAAACUUUGAUGAACAGCUGGUCGUGAUAUACAACCGUGUUCCGAAAACUGGGAGCACAAGUUUCGUAAAUUUAACCUAUGAUCUCUGCCGGAAAAAUGCAUUCCAUGUGCUGCAUAUUAACAUCACGGCUAACAUGCACGUAAUGUCCCUCCCGAACCAGAUACGAUUCGUGAGAAAUGUGACCGCGUGGGAAGCAAUGAAACCGGCCUUCUACCAUGGUCAUCUAGCUUACUUAAACUUUGCGAAACUAGGCGUUCCGGCCGCUAGACCGUUGUACUUGAAUUUGAUCCGUAAGCCGUUGGAUCGGUUGGUUUCUUAUUACUAUUUCCUGCGCUAUGGAGACGAUUAUAGGCCUCACCUGGUGCGUCACCGUGCCGGCGAUACAAUGACGUUCGAUGAGUGCGUCGCUCGCCAGAAGCCGGAUUGUGAUCCCACGAACAUGUGGCUUCAGAUACCGUUCUUUUGUGGCCAUGCAGCAGAGUGCUGGAAAUCGGGCAGCACGUGGGCUUUGGAGGAGGCAAAGAGAAAUUUGGUCAACGAGUACUUUCUCGUGGGAGUCACCGAGGAAAUGGACGAGUUUGUAGAACUGCUUGAACUGGCACUUCCCAGAUUCUUCAAGGGAGCAACCGAGCACUUCCGAAAGUCGAACAAGUCUCACCUGCGAAAGACCAAAUCCAAAGUGGAUCCACUGCCGGCAACCAUCAACCAAAUCCAGAAGUCAACCGUCUGGCAGAUGGAAAACGAACUGUACGAGUUUGCGCUGGAGCAGUUUCACUUCGUUCAGAAGAAACUUCGCACACCAGGUAAGAGCACGAUGCAAGACUUUUUCUUCGAAAAAAUCAAACCAAAUCAAAUGGCUGCUGGGCGCAACUAGCCUCGGGUGUGGCCAGUACGUCGUCGGGGCAAGGGACGUAAGUCUGUAAUCUCAGUCAGGAGUGCUGUAGGAGAGAGAGAGAGAAAAAUGAAGGAUAUUGAAACGUGAGUCUUUAGAAAACUAGUGCUGUUGAUUAGUUGUAAAUUUUCUUAGUAAAGGAGUGUACACACUUAGAUUUUUUUGCCGAGAUGGGCACCACCGAGUAGCUCGGCAUUUUAUUUUACUGAAUCUCAGUGAAAAACUGUUUUCGUUUGUUAGCUGAGAUGUCGGCAAAAUUAUCGUUUGUUAGCUGAAUCUCGGCAAGUUUUUAACUGAGAUCCAGCUAAACAUAAUACCGGGCUGCUCGGUGGUGUCCAUCUCGGCAAAAAUCUAAGUGUGUAGUUUGUUUAGUUCUGGGGAACCGAUGAAAAACGAGUAUGUUCAUGAUAGAAUAAUAGGACGAUUUGACUGUAGGAUUAGAAUGGGCAAACAGCAAAUGCGAAGAACGUUUGGUGUUUUCUGUAAUUAGUACCUUCAGUUUACCUCAUGUAAGUAGCUUUCCUAAUGACUUAAGUUCAUUCCACGGCGUUUUAAUCGUUUGAUAUGUUAAUCUGCGGAAUUACCUAAUUUUAGUAGAGCGUCACUAAUUUUGAGAUUGAAUCUAGUGAAAUCUGAUAAAAAAAAGUCAACACAUACAAUAAUGAAAGGAUACAAAUUCAAUAAUAAACACACUUUUAUAUUAUCGUA